AGGACACCACAAGAUGGCGAUCUUGCAUCAGCAAGAAAAUGCAUCAAAUCGAGGGCAUUCAUGCACGCACACAAUGUAAGACUCUAGCUAAAAAGUUGUAUAGACAUAAAACCUAACCUUUUAUCCUCUCCAGUCCUCAUCGUGCAGGUUUUAGCAGAUAACAUCCUUCAUCCAUCAAACAUCUUCCAUCAAAAGCUUCCACUCUCUGCUCAAGCACCAGGCACUGAAACCUAAUGAACCUUGUUGGUAACCAUGUUAAACUGGCCUGAAGUUACCUGAGCUCAUGACUAGUUCCAUGUAUAAUUCAUCUCCUCAGUAAUCUACUCACCUUCAGAGAAGGAAUCUGACUCCAUUAGCCUGUCUACCUGCCCUGGAGAAGGACUUAAGUUUGGAGUCUGUUAACAGGUAAUGGUUUAAGAUCAUGGCUGAACAAAGGCAACGGGCCCUGUCCACAUCAGGAGAGGCUCUGUACCAGGUUCUUGGCCUUGACAAGAACUGCACUCAUGAUGACAUCAAGAGGUCCUACAGGAAGCUCGCUUUGAAAUAUCACCCUGACAAGAACCCAGAGAACCCCGAUGCCACUGACAAAUUUAAAGAGCUCAACAAUGCUCAUGCGGUGCUGUCUGACGUCACUAAGAGGAACAUUUAUGACAAGUAUGGCUCCCUGGGUCUGUAUGUGUCGCAGCAGUUUGGGGAGGAGAAUGUGAACACAUACUUUAUGCUCUCCAGCUGGUGGGCAAAGGGUCUGUUUGCCAUCUGUGGCUUGCUGACAGGUUGCUAUUUCUGUUGUUGUCUGUGCUGCUGUUUCAACUGCUGUUGUGGGAAGUGCAAACCGCACACACCUGGAGAAGAGGACCCGGAGUUCUAUGUGUCUCCCGAAGACCUGGAGGAGCAGAUCCGUACGGACAACGAGAGAGAUGGCGACACUCCGAUUGUGAUGCAGCCAACCAAUGCUAGUGAGAAGACCCAGCUGAUCGGUGAUGGACACAGAACAUAUACCUAAAUGGAAAAAAAUUGACGAUAGAUAUUAAUUUUAAAAUUCUUUUUGAAUACAUUUGUGUCUUUUACAAUAUACUAGUGAGAAGACCCAGCUGAUCGGUGAUGGACACAGAACGUAUACCUAAAUGGAAAAAAGUGACGAUAGAUAUUAAUUUUAAAAUUCUUUUUGAAUACAUUGGUGUCUUUUACAAUAUACUGUUUAUGUUAGGACUGAGAAAGCUAAAAAUACUCAACUUCUUAAGCUUUGUUUAGCCAUGCUGUCUGUAAAUAACAGAUAUUAUAUUAUUCUUAUG